AUGAUUCUAGGAACCGUAACUAAGAUACACAAAGUAAAUUCUACAGUAUUAGGCCAAGAUAGAAUGAUAAGGUAAUGUAAAUUUAUCAAUUAGGACUUAUACUUUUCUGUUACGGUUCUUCAAAUUACAUUUAUUAAGGAAAAUGAAAAGUGGUGAAUGCCUUAAGAUGUGGUAAAACAAAGUUGAUAUUAUAUGUUCACACUUUUCUAUGACUAGAAGAGUAUUGCAAAUCAAUAUUUUAAGAUAUUACGAUGGUCACGAACAGCAUUCUAUAUACAGAUUCUAUUGAAUAAACUCAAAUAAUAAUGGAGCAAAAAUGAAUUAAGAUAUUAUAGAAAUCUAAAUGAUGUUUUAUUUUAUGCUUACCUAAUACUUACGGAUAUAAAUGAUUUAAUCUUUUGGAUGUGUUAAAUUGGAUUAUGUAGAAAUGUUAAAUUAUUGUUAAUAACAAAAGAAAUUAGUCCAAAAUUUUAUUUUGUUGAAUGCAUAGGAUGGUUUAUAACAUUAUGUCUUGAAUAUAGAGUUAAUUAAUAAGAAAUCUAUAAAUCACAAUUACAAAAGGAUCCCAAGAAUAAAAUAAGAGUUAGAUAGAUUCAGAUUAUAUAAAAUUUAGUAAAAUAUAGUCUAGAUAUACCAGUGUCUUAUUCUUAUGUGAAUACAAAAGCCAUUUCAUAAGAAAAAGCGGUUAUUUUAGGAACUAUAUCAAGUUUCAUAAGUUUAUAUCAAACUUUUCAAUAACAUUCUGGUGGCUAUUAGUGA